UACAGCAUGUUUCCAUUAUCAGUUUGAACAUCAUCAUCAUCUCAGGAUUCGAUUCAAGAAUAAAUUUCCGGUUUUUUUUUCGCAACACUUUCUUCACUAACAAUUCCAACGAAAAUUUAAAACGAAAAAUCAUCAUGCCAAGAUCAUUUUUGGUUAAAAAAGCGACCACCAAUUAUGGUCAACAAUUUGUUAAAUUACAUAAUCAUCAUCAUCAUCAUAAUAAUCAUAUUGGUGGACGUAAUACGUCAAUAGGUGGCGGAGAUGGACAAAAACAACCACCAUCAAGUCCAACAGAAGGUGAUUGUGCACCAUCUACAAUUUCCGUUAUUGGUUUUAAUAAUAAAUCUGUUCAUCGAUAUUCAUUAAAUUAUGGUACAAAUUUAGAUUCAAAAGCCAAUACGACAACAACAACAACAACAACAACAAUUACUGCAGCAACAACCAUAGUAGAAGCAUCAAGUAAAUUAAAAGAUUCAUCAUCAUCAACAAAAACAACAACAACAACAACAACGAAUGGUGUAAUUGUACAUCAUGGUAAAUCACAACAACAACAACAACAACAAAAUAAACAAUUAUUGGAUUUAAGUAAUAAACGUACAAGAAGUAGUAAUAAUAGUAAUGGAUAUAGUAACCUUUAUAAAUCAUCAAAUGAUUAUAAUAAUAAUAAUAAUAAUAAUUCUGGUUAUCAUACAGCAAGUGAAGAUAAUACAACAAUAACAUCAUUAACUGAAAAUACUGAAUCAACUGGAUAUAAUUCAUCAUCAUCAUCAUCAUCGGAUGAACAUGAUGAUUCUGAUCAUCAUGCAACAACAACAACAACAACAACAAAUUCCGAAUCAAAUAAUUCAAAUGAUAUAACAUUAAUAAAAACAAAUAAAAAAAAUGGAAAGAAAAAUAUAACAAUUAGUUAUACAUAUGAUGCAUUUUUUAUUAGUGAUGGACGAUCAAGAAAACGUAAUAUUAAUGGAAGUAAUAAUAAUAAUAAUUCGAAUAGUAAUAGUAAUAGUAAUGGUAUUGGUGGUGGUGGUGGUGGAAGUGUUAAUAUUGGUGGAAAAAAUGAUAAUGGAAUUGUUAGCAGUGGUGGUGGUGGUAGUGUUAGUCCAAAUAGUAGUAUUGAUUCAAAAGAAAGACAGCGAUAUUCAUGUACUGAAUGUGGUAAACAUUAUGCAACAUCAUCAAAUCUAUCAAGACAUAAACAAACACAUCGUAGUCCGGAUUCACAAUUGGCUAAAAAAUGUCCAACUUGUCAUAAAGUUUAUGUUAGUAUGCCUGCAUUGGCAAUGCAUGUGCUAACACAUAAUCUUAAUCAUAAAUGUGAAGAAUGUGGAAAAGCUUUUUCACGUCCAUGGUUAUUACAAGGUCAUAUGCGUUCACAUACUGGUGAAAAACCAUUUGGAUGUGCUCAUUGUGGUAAAGCAUUUGCUGAUCGAUCUAAUCUUAGAGCUCAUAUGCAAACACAUAGUGCAUUCAAACAUUUUCGUUGUGAACGAUGUAAUAAAUCUUUUGCACUUAAAUCAUAUCUAAAUAAACAUUACGAAUCAUCAUGUUUUAAGGAUACAAACAACAACAACAACAACAGUAAACAACAAGAACAAUCAAUGGAAAUGAAUGGUAAUAAUGAUGAUGAUGAUGAUGAUGAAAAUAAUUGUGAAACAUUAGAGAAUCAUUGUUCUCCCACUUCAUCAUCAACAACAACAACAUUUUUAACAUCGACAACAACAACAACAAAUAAUAAUCAAAUGAAUAGUAAUGAACAACAACAACAACGAGAGCCGGAAAAGCCUCAUCAACAACAACAACAACAACGGCCAAGCUAUACAACAACAACAAAUCCACAAACGAAUAGUAUUACAAUAACAAGAUCUAAAGUAUUACAGAAUGGUAUUAAUAAAAGAAAAUCAAGUGAAUAAUAAUCA